AUGUCUAGUCAAGAAUCAGAGGCCGAAAAAAACAUUGAGAUCUGGAAGGUCAAGAAAUUGAUCAAGUCCUUGGAGUUGGCCAGAGGUAAUGGUACCUCGAUGAUCUCUUUGGUCAUCCCACCAAAAGGUCAAAUCUCAUUGAUCCAGAAAAUGUUGACCGAAGAAUACGGUACUGCAUCAAACAUCAAAUCUCGUGUCAAUAGAUUAUCCGUCCUAUCUGCCAUCACAUCCACACAACAAAAAUUGAAAUUGUACAAUAGUGUGCCCAAAAACGGUUUAGUCGUAUAUUGUGGUGAUGUCAUUACAGACGAAGGAAAGGAAAAAAAGUUGAACAUUGAUUUCGAACCUUUUAAACCUAUCAACACAUCAUUGUAUCUCUGUGACAAUAAAUUCCACGUUGAGGCACUAAACGAAUUGUUGGAAAACGACGACAGAUUUGGUUUCAUCAUUAUGGACGGUAACGGUGCCUUGUUUGGUGCUGUGAGCGGUAACACCAGAGAAGUCUUGCACAAGUUUACUGUUGAUUUGCCCAAAAAGCACGGUAGAGGUGGUCAAUCCGCUGUGCGUUUCUCCCGUUUGAGAGAAGAAAAAAGACACAAUUAUGUCCGUAAAGUCGCCGAGGUUGCAGUACAGAACUUCAUCACCGCAGACAAGGUCAAUGUCAAGGGUUUGAUUCUUGCAGGUUCAGCAGAUUUCAAAACCGAAUUGUCAAAAUCAGACUUGUUUGACAAUCGAUUGCAGGCAAAAGUCAUCAAGAUUGUUGAUAUCUCUUAUGGUGGUGAAAACGGUUUCAACCAAGCCAUUGAAUUAUCGGCAGAAACAUUGGCCAAUGUCAAAUUUGUCCAAGAAAAGAAACUAUUGAAUGAAUACUUUGAAGAAAUCUCACAGGAUAGUGGUAAAUUCUGUUACGGUAUAGAAGAUACUUUGAAAGCAUUGGACUUGGGUGCAUGUGAGCGAGUCAUUGUUUACGAAAACUUGAACAUCAUAAGGUACACAUUGAAAGACAUUGAAGGUGAAGAAGUCAUCAAGCACGUUAACCCAGAGUUACCUGACAAGUCAUGGCAAGAAGAUAAAAAGACAGGUACAGAUAUGGAGAUCUUGAAGGAAGAGUUGUUCUUGGAAUGGCUUGCUGAGAAUUACAAGAGUUUCGGUGCUGAGUUGGAUUUUGUUUCCGAUAGAUCCUCUGAAGGUGCCCAGUUUGUCCAAGGUUUCGGUGGUGUUGGUGCCAUCUUGAGGUAUAAAGUCAACUUUGACCAAUUGGUUGAUGAAGACGAGUCGGACGAAGAUGAAUACUAUGAUGACGACGACGAUUUCAUUUAG